ACCUAUAGCUCUGAAGUUCUCAGAUACAUGGGAAGUUUUCCCACAGUAUAACUUGUUCAAUAUUCAUUUUCUUUGUCAGUACAAUCUUGCUUUAAUCCUCUGAUAAAUCAAGAAUUUAUGAUUACCAUUUUAGUUUAACUAUUUAAGUUUCCCAGUAACUUUGUUUUCACCUAUAUUCUCACACUGGCCCAAUGGACGAUGUGUCCUUCUAUUUUAUUCUGCAUUUGGAAUUCUACACAAGAAGUACUUUCUGAACUGUUAGCUGAUGAAUCGAACAAAAUGGAGUUGAAGAGGACAGGACACAUGUAUCUGUCAGAAUUUGCUCUAUCAUGAAGUGAUACAUCAUUAGCGGCAGUACUGCUGUCCUAGCAUUUGUAUACUUGUAUUGUGUAAAGAAGGGCAAGAAUCAAGGCUGCAUGUGCAAGUGGCUCGUCUCCUAUCUCUUGCUCUCUGUUGAUGUCUGGUUGAUGAUGAGAUCAGAGGAAAGGAGACAGGCUGAGCCCCACCCAAACCCCAUGUGAGCAUUGUCCUUUUAACCUGUCUGUAUUUUUGUACACUCUGCUGCUUGCCCUUCUGGUGAAACCAGACCUGAACUCUUUUAUCUACCCGACUGCAGCCUGAAGCUGAUUAACAAGUCUGAAGAAGCAAACAAUGCCACGGAGCUACUGGAUUUGUCAUGUAGAAGGGGCUGAAGAGAUAAGCUGAUUCGGUCGAAAUGUUAGGUGGUUUCUCAAGUCAGCUAUCAUAGUCUUCUAGAAUGCUCUUCUUGUCAGAUUUCUCUCUUGGCAAGAGAUAAAAACAGGCAUAGGCUCCUCUUCAAUAAUUGAGAUCCCUUCUCUCUAUGUUACUUCCUCCUGCUGUCAUAAUGAUUGCUAUGGUUAGCCUGUCAAGGUUAUACAUGAGCCUAUUUGGUUCUUGUUUUUACUAGUAUAAGUGGUUGCUUAAGAUCUAAAACUAUCCUUCCACCUAGACUACAUUAGCCUCUGCUAGCCUAAUUUGUCAAGAAGCCCUGCUUUUGCAGUUCACAUUCUUCCCAAGCCUUCCUACAGACUGCUGUUCAGACUUCAGUUCCAUGGUUCAGAUGUCUAUACAGAGGGCUGCAACCAUUUCACCUCCUUGUUCCUUAUCCUUGCCAUUUGAUUGUGUGAGUGGUACAAGUAGAAGAUUUGCCUCAUGUAGAUCCCAGUAUUCAUGCUUUGCCUAUAGUGAAAGACUAUCUCCAAAUGUUUUGAAGACCAACAGUGUCGUCGAUCCCUCUGAACCGAAGAUUUUGGAUGCGAGUUCUUCUGCUUCAAGAACUGGACAAUAUAGUGCAACUACUCAUCUAUCAGGUACAAUUGGAGUAAUGGGAAUAUCUGCCUCUUCCUCUCUCAGAUUCUUACAGAAGCUUGUGCAUUGGAGUACUCGUGAUGGAGAAGAGGCACCUCCCUUUCUCGUGUGUAAUGAUCCACUUCUUAAGAAGGAGCUCAUGUCAUCUCAAAAUUCACAGCGCCCUUCCGACUGUAACACUGCUCUUGGGAAGUUAAGGCUGAGGAGGCUCCUCUUGGAGAAAUCUGGAGUAUGCUGCAUUGCCAUGCCAUGUAAUACCUUACAUGCCUACCAUGAUGAAAUUUCACAAGGAUGCUCUGUACCUUCCCUCCAUAUUGGUGAUUGUGUUGUAAAGGAACUCAAAUCGGCAAACUUAAAACCUGUUGAAUAUGGAAGUAAUGUUUGUGUCGGAAUUCUAUGUACAGACAAUACAUUGAAUGCAAAGUGUUAUCUAAAUAAGCUGGAGAGCCAGGGUUUUGAGGUGCUGCUUCCAGAUAAAGCUUCAUUGGAGCACACGGUAUUACCAGCCAUCGGCGCUUUUAGGAGAGGGGACAUGGAAGGUGCAAGAAAUCUGUUGCGAAUAUCACUACAGGUUAUGUUCGUGAGGGCUGUCAAUACAAUAAUCCUUGCAUCUGAUGACUUUGUUGGUAUAUUACCUGAUGAUGACCCACUGCUCAAGAAAUGCAUAGACCCAAUGGAUGCUUUGGUUAGAGAGACCAUCAUGUGUGCAAGAACAGAUAGCCUGAGACCAUGAUAUCCUUCAAAGUGAUGCUGGUUCCUUGUACAGUUUGCAAGUAGUAGAUGUUUUCAUUUUUUAUCUCCAGCGAGCACACAUGUAAAUUUUAGGAUCAGAGAAGAAUUCACUAUUCAUCACAAGUCAAUAUCAUUAAUAGUACAGUGUAUUAUGCAGUGUGAUCUGGGUAUGCAUUAUGCCUUGCUGCUAAGUCAAGAAAGAUGCCGAGUCCAUCUGCGAGUUCAGAUUUUGUCAGAUGUGUUUGUGGCCUGGCCACACCAGGGAAAACUUCAAACAAGAAUCUAGAAAUCAAAUAGAUGAUGUGGAUGUUUCUGUGGAUCAGCCUGUAGAUAGAACAAAUGAAGACAUCGUCGAAUCUUAACUGCGCAGAAGGAGCACCUUUCUUUUUCAGAUAAGUAGCAACUGCCUUGACAUCUGAGAUCACAGUUAUUCAGUAACAUCUCCCUCUUGUCAAAAAUAUAUCCCCAUCAGAAAGAAUGCAGCCUCAUGCUCUUCCAAACACUUCUACAAGGCGUGUUCAGACUUCAGAGCCUGUAUGGUAACACAGUUAUCAGAAAGUUAUCAGUGUGUUUUUUUUUUCAGAAGUUGUAACAGAGAUGAUGCUUCCAUUUUGACUUGGGAAAGCCAAUCUGAGUGGGCCUGUUCACUGGUAUUCCAAGAGAAUCUGGUGAUUGGUGUGGAGGAGGAGGGGGAGGGGCUUGAAUGUUCUGUGCACAGGUGGGAUUGCAAAAGGUGUGCACAAUGAGUGAGCAAUGAUUCAGGCUGUCUGCAGGGGCCUUCACCAAACAAGUGGCUACCCUUUCUCCCAUGCAGGAACCAGGGACAAAAAGAAAGGAAGCACAGGGGACAAUGCAACACCAAUUGGGCCUUCCUCUCUCUGUUCUUCAGGGUAAGCAAAGGCACCAAUGCUUAACCCAAGAUUGAUCAUAUCAGACCCUGUGCUGGAGAAAUAAACAACUCCAGCAUCAUGCUAUUGUGCUGUGAUAUAUUUGUAUACAUAUUCAGAUAUGGCUUUGUUUUUUAAGUUCUUCGGUCGUCGCGGUCGGGAUAUUUAUUCCAUUAUCAUAAGAAAUAAUAACAAUACUACAUACAUAUUCAGAUGUUC